AUGAGUAACUUCAACUUCAACAGUGGUGGUGGAGGCUACAACAGUCUCGCUCCUCCACGCAGCAGUAAUAAUAAUACUGGCGAUGAUGGUGAUGAUGAUGAUGGUUAUGAUAACAGAUUACCCCAAAUGCCCCAGCAGACCCAUUCAAUGUACGGGGCUGAUUCACGUAUCCAACAGUAUCAGACCCAAUACCCCGAACCAACAACCACUCAAGAAUCAAUACCUAUGCAAAAUAUCGUCCACCAUAACCAAUCCACCGGGAGACCGUUGCCUCAACAACCUUUCAACAGUUCUUCUGGUUAUUUGAACCCUCAACCAACUUCAUUACACCCAGCAAACUCCAAUACUUCAGGAUACUCUGAUCCGUUCCAGAACUCUAAUCCGUUUGAUGAACCGCAGAGUAGUAAUAUUAAUAAUCAUAAUGACGGUAAUGAUAAUGAUGAUAAUGAUGAUGAUCCACUUAAUCAUGCUUUGAAUAUGAAUGCUUCUUCUUCUGGAUAUACUUCUUCACAAAUCCCUUUGAGUAUGCAAAACACCGCUUAUGAUCAACCAAUGUAUCCUGAUUCCACCGGUUAUAAUAACUCUGCUAAUCUUACUGGUUAUGAUAGCCCUGCCAGUCAUUCUGGGUACGUCUCCAAUAAUAACACUGGGUACAUCUCCAAUAAUAAUAACACUGGCGGAGGAUAUUUAAGUAAUAAUACCGGGGGCGGGUACCAUAGUAAUGCCAGCUUCGCGGUGGUGGGGGACUCAUACAUGGUAAACCCCGUGGCCCCCAGCGUGGCACUUUAUGAUAACCAAAUGAACCCGAUCCGUUUAGGAAUCCCUUCAAACACUGGGGGGUCCACCACCAAUUUAUUUUCCCAAGGGGUGGUGCUAUCACAACACCAUGGGAUGGGGAUUGGACAAAAUGAACAAAACCAAAUCCAAGGACAAUUCGAACAAGUCCAAAACCAUCAAGCCCCAGCCAGUGGGUUCACCGAUGAUCCCCAAUCACAAUACUUGUUGAACCAAUCAAAAUAUGAUGAUAAUGAUAAUGAUGAUGGCUACGGUAACGAUAAUGAAAAUCGUGAAGAUUCCGAUAAUAUCAACGAAGACGCGUUGUUUUUCGGGAAUUUGGCCCUCGAUUGCCCGAUUCCUUCGAAAUUGGCGGCGCAUUACAAAAUCGCUAAAGAUCAAGACCGUCAAGCGGCAGAAUUCAUGAGAAUGAAGUAUACUGCCGUGACUUCGCAACCGGAACGGUUUCUUUUUGAUAAAUUCACCCUCAGACAACAACUUUUCAAGACCCCUAGAGUGCCGUGCGAGAUGAUGAUCGUGGUGACGAUGUACAACGAAGACGACAUUCUUCUUGGAAGAACCCUCAAGGGGAUCUUUGAUAACCUCAAGUACUUGUGUCGUAAAAAGAAAGACUGGGGGCCCGAAGGUUGGAAAAAAGUCGUGGUGGCGGUGGUCAGUGAUGGGAGAACCAAAAUCAAUCCCCGGGCUAGAGCGUUGAUGGCGAGUCUCGGGUGUUAUCAAGAAGGGUUUGCCCAAAGCAAAGUGUUGAAGAAAGACGUGACUUGUCACUUGUACGAACACACCACAUUGGCAAAUAUCCAUUCGGUCACCGAUAAAGUGAACCUCGAUUACGACGAUAUCAUCCCGGUACAAAUGAUCUUUGCGUUGAAGGAGAAGAACCAAAAAAAGAUCAAUUCCCACCGGUGGUGUUUCCAGGCGUUGGCCCCGGCGCUCAAACCAGACGUGAUUGUGUUGUUUGAUGCUGGGACCGAACCGACCCAGAAAUCGAUUUACAAACUUUGGAGGGAAUUCAACCAGAAUAAGAACGUUGGUGGGGCGUGCGGGGAGAUCAAAGCGAUGUUGGGGCCUCGAGGGAAGUUUUUGUACAAUGGGCUUUUCAGCGGGUUGCUUGUGGCCGGGCAGAACUUUGAGUACAAGAUGUCGAACAUCCUCGAUAAGCCUACCGAGUCGGUGUUUGGGUUCAUUUCGGUGUUGCCAGGGGCGUUUUCCGCGUACCGAUUCGAGGCGCUCAAAAACGACGAGAUCACCGGCCAUGGCCCAUUGGAGGCGUAUUUCAAAGGGGAAACGUUGCACAACUCUGAAGAAAAACACGAUCUUUUCGCCAAUAACAUGUACCUUGCCGAAGAUCGGAUCUUGUGUUUUGAGAUCGUCACCAAGAGAAACUCGAACUGGGUGUUACGGUACGUGAACACCGCGGCGGCGGCCACCGACGUUCCCGAUACCCUUCCAGAGUUCAUUUCUCAACGUCGUCGGUGGUUGAACGGGUCAUUUUUCGCGGCGAUUUACUCGGUGGUGCACUUCAAUAAAAUCUACCGGUCGUCGCAUUCGUUGCCGCGUAAAGUUUUUUUGCAAUUGGAGUUUGUUUACAACCUCAUCAAUAUCAUUAUCUCGUGGUUUUCCGUGGGGUCGUUCUUCCUCGUGUUCCGGAUCUUGACGUUAGGGGUGUCGGCGAAAGAUGGGAUCAUGUAUUUUGCCCCGGGCAAAGUGUUGGCGAUCAUUUUACUCUGGCUUUAUAUCGCGUGCACCAUGUCGGUGUUUAUCUUUGCGUUUGGCAAUAAACCCAAAGGCGCAAAAGGAGCGUAUUGGGUGGUGACGAUGGUGUACGCGGUGAUGAUGGGGUACAUGAUAUUCUGUGCCAUUUGGAUGUCGGUGAAAUCGGUGAAGACCAUCAUCAAGGACGCCACGGGGGCGUUAACCGCGAAGGAUUUUGCCGAGAACGCGACGUUCCGAGACUUAGUGAUUUCGAUGUGCUCGACCUACGUGCUUUACAUUGUGUCGUCGGUGAUGUACGGCGAGCCGUGGCAUAUGCUCACGUCGUUCAUCCAAUACUUGUUAUUAUCACCGAUGUACACCAAUAUCUUGAACAUUUAUGCGUUUUGCAACAUCCAUGACAUUUCUUGGGGUACCAAGGGGGACGAUGGCAGUGGCGGAGGGGCCAAAGAGACGAAAAAAACCGAGGAUGGGAAAGGGUUAGUGUUGGAUAUUCCUACCACUUCUCAAGAAGUCGAUGAUUUGUUUGAUAAAGAAGAGGGUUUGAUCAACACGGUUCCGGGACAAGAAUCGGAUGACACCCCUGGUGGUGGUGGUGAUGAUGAUGAUGCUAUUGCUCAGAGGGAAAGAGACCGUAAAAAGAAACUUGCGGAACAAAAAGGAGAUUAUUAUCAGUUCAUUAGAUCGAUGGUGGUGCUUAUUUGGUGUAUUACCAAUGGGGGGCUCAUUGCUCUAGUGUUGAAUAUUGGUGGGGUUCCGACCACCAAGGAGGCAUCGGAUAAAGAUCCAACUGGAGGGACGAAUGCCACGACGUAUUUGACGGUGAUUUUGUGGUUGGUGGCGUCGUUGGCGGGGAUCAGGUUUGUUUUUUCGAUGACAUAUUUGGCGUCAAGAGUGUUUAAGGGGUUUAGAUGA